AUGGAGACGGCCGCGGGCAGCGAGCGCCGCGGCACCCCGGGUCCCGCAGUCCCGCCGCCGCCCAGGGGCCACGCGCCCUUGGCCACCGCCUCCGGCCCGCUGAGCUCCCCGGCGCGCGAGCCGCCGCAGCCCGAGGAGGAGCGGCAGCUGCGUAUCAGCGAGAGCGGCCAGUUCAGCGACGGGCUGGAGGACCGAGGCUUACUAGAAAGCAGCACUCGGCUAAAACCUCAUGAAGCCCAGAACUACAGAAAGAAGGCGUUGUGGGUCUCCUGGUUCUCCAUUAUUGUCACACUGGCCCUGGCGGUGGCUGCCUUUACUGUCUCCGUUAUGAGGUACAGCGCCUCUGCUUUUGGGUUUGCAUUUGAUGCCAUCCUCGAUGUCCUGUCAUCAGCAAUUGUCCUAUGGCGUUACAGCAAUGCGGCCGCUGUACACUCUGCCCAUAGGGAGUACAUAGCCUGUGUCAUCUUGGGGGUGAUAUUCCUUCUGUCAUCUGUGUGUAUAGUGGUCAAAGCCAUCCAUGACCUCUCGACUAAGCUGCUCCCGGAAGUUGAUGAUUUCCUGUUCAGCGUCUCCAUUUUAAGUGGGAUCCUAUGCAGCAUCCUGGCUGUGCUGAAGUUCAUGCUGGGGAAGGUUCUGACCAGCAGAGCACUCAUAACAGAUGGGUUUAACUCCCUUGUGGGGGGCGUGAUGGGCUUCUCCAUCCUUCUGAGCGCCGAGGUGUUCAAGCACAACUCGGCUGUCUGGUACCUGGACGGCAGCAUCGGCGUGCUGAUCGGCCUCACCAUAUUCGCCUAUGGGGUCAAGCUCCUCAUCGACAUGGUGCCCAGGGUGAGGCAGACGCGCCACUACGAGAUGUUUGAGUGAAGGUGGCCCGCACCGGCUGCCCCACCACUGCAUGAAGACUGUCAGGACCAGGAGACGUUUCCACGCAGGCAGAUGGUGCCCAUGUUUAACUGAACAUCAGCUUCUCUCUCGGAAAGCUUGUGCUCACAGGAACGAGGUCUACCCCGCAGGUCGGACUGCCUUGCUCUCCUCCCACCACCGCCCCCGCCCGACACCGUAGGACAACACUCACCGAGCGGGGACCCUCCAUGGGAACUGACCUCGUCCACCUUCUGCUAUAAAACAGGUUCGUGUGGGGAGGGUACACGCCCUUCUGUGGUGCUCCCAGCCUGACAUGGUUAGUGACUCGCCAGGCCCACCUCCUCGGGGCCCACCUCCUCUGGUCUCCUGGCAGAUUUUAAGAGAGGACCGCACCCUUUGGUCCCGCACCCCUUUCCAGAACCAUCGUGUAGAUCACCCCCUAAUUUCUAUGCGUGUAUUUCAUUCGUUUCAUACUGUUUUACUAAUCCUCAGUCUAAACACUGGAUUUGUUCUAAAGGAGACCAUUCUAUUUUUAAAGUACUUAGUGAUAGAUGUAUGAGCUUUGCAUGUAUCGAACUCAGCCCCAAUCCUUUCUUGUACAUUCAGAGCCCAAACAUAUAUG